GUUAAAAUGAGUUCAGGAUCGCUUAGAAACCUAAUUGGAACCGGUAGCUCUGGAAAUCUAAAUCCACAUGUCUUGCCACCAUCUGUUCAGUGUUAAUCACUAGCUGCAGUGCCUAUCAUCAAUACUGACCAACCGAGGGAGAUUCGAUACGCACACACACAGUCAACAGUAUUUCUAUGCGUACUGUUCGCUUGCACCGAUAAGCUUGAAGAUUGGACUAACUACGCCUACAAUUAGUGUGUUUGUGAACAUUUGAGGCGGCCUAUAACCUGAACUAGACCCGCCUGGUGCUAUAUAAGAGUGUGGCGAUGUCGUCCCCAUCUCUGGCGUCAUCGGGCGAUUCGAACGUAUCACUGAGUAAGGGACCGAGGAUCGAGUUACCUGAUGGCGACCACUCCCAUGACGUCCUCUCUAACCUCCAGCGGCGGAUCGCCAGCUUCCCCAGCGGCUCGCGGCUGGUGCUGGAGGCUGAAGACUACUUGCUCCAGGAGCAGCAGCAGCAAGCUGCCGACCAGGUGACCCACCUUGAGCACAUUGCUGCUCUCGAUAUCGACUCGCCACCGCAUCUUAUGCGAAAGUCUGGCCUGAUAUGUACAAUCGGUCCAGCUUCGAAUGCAGUUUCCACCCUGAAGGAGAUGAUGAAAGCAGGAAUGAACAUUGCCCGCAUGAACUUUUCCCACGGUUCCCAUGAGUACCAUGCGCAGACGAUAGCCAACGUGCGAGCGGCUGUAGCAGAGUUUGAAUCAGUGAGGCCUGUUGCCAUCGCGCUGGAUACCAAGGGACCGGAGAUCAGGACUGGGUUGCUAGAAGAUGGCCCCUCAGCAUUGAUCACCAUGGAGAGACACGACAAGGUGCGCAUCACCACCGACGAGCAGUUCAUGGAGAAGUGCAGCAAGGAGCUUAUCUGGGUCGACUAUAAGAACAUUGUGAAGGUAGUCGCCCCUGGCGACAGGAUAUUCAUCGACGAUGGUCUGAUCGCUCUGAAGGUGCUCGAGAGAGGAAAGGAUUACGUGGACUGUGAUGUAUCUAACGGUGGCCUGCUCGGCAGUAAGAAGGGCGUCAACCUGCCCGGCAUAGAGGUUGACCUCCCCGCUGUGUCUGAGCGCGACAGGCUCGACCUGCUGUUUGGCGUCGAACAGGGAAUAGACAUGGUGUUUGCGAGCUUCAUCCGCAAUGCCGACGGCGUGAAAGCAAUCCGUGAGAUCUUCGGCGAGGAAGGCAAGAACAUCAAGAUCAUCGCCAAGAUCGAGAACCACGAGGGGGUGUACAAGAUUAACGAGGUCAUUGAUGAGGCAGACGGAAUUAUGGUUGCUAGAGGUGACCUGGGCAUCGAGAUUCCUCCAGAGAAGGUGUUCCUCGCACAGAAGAUGAUUAUUGCUCGCUGCAACAGCGCCGGGAAGCCAGCGAUCUGUGCGACGCAGAUGCUGGAGUCGAUGGUGACCAACCCGCGGCCGACACGCGCCGAAGGCAGCGACGUCGCCAACGCCAUUCUGGACGGCGCCGACUGCGUCAUGCUGUCGGGCGAGACCGCCAAGGGCAAGUACCCUCUGGAGGCUGUCAAGAUAAUGCACGAGAUCUGCAAAGAGGCUGAAGCCGCCGUCUUUCAGAAACAGUUGUUUGAGGAGCUGAGAGAGCUGACCCCCGUGCCCACCGACCCGGCUCAUACUAUCGCCAUAGCAACGGUUGAGGCGUCUCUUAAAGCCCAGGCUGCAGCUAUCAUUUGCAUCACGACAACUGGCAGGUCUGCGUAUCUGAUCUCACAGUACCGGCCACGCUGCCCCAUCCUGACCAUCACUCGCAGCGGACAGGUGGCGCGUCAGUCGCAUCUUUAUCGCGGAGUAUUCCCACUGCACUACACCAAGGACCGCGAUCCGGACUGGGCAACGGACGUCGACAAUCGCGUAAAGCGCUGCAUCGAGAUGGGCAAGAUGCGUGGCUUCAUCCAGGAGAGCGAUCCUGUCAUGGUUGUCACAGGAUGGCGAAAGGGCGCCGGCUUCACCAACACCAUGCGCAUCAUCUUUGCCGAUUAGUCGCCAUGGCAAUCGCGCUGGUGCGCGCAUGUUACAUCGUCGCUUGCCUCUCUUUUUAUCGUUCUCUCACUCGAAUGCCAACGCGAGAGGAUAUUAGCGUGUCGCCUGCUGUCGUAAUUUUUCCUCGUUUUUGUUUUUGUUUUGUUAUUCGGAAACGCGAGAGCGUGACCACGUCUCGGUUUUGCAUGCUCGUUUCAUCGUAGGAGCGUGAGAGAGAGCUUUGUGCCCUGCGUCGUAUCGCUCUCUGUCACGGCUUUGUGUGUGAGAGAGAGAACACUGUGCUUCGCUGUCGUGCGUGAAUGCACGGUAGCAUGUGUGUCUGUUGGGGGUAAACCCGUCGUGAGGGUAGACGUCAAGUUUGGGGUUCUGCCCGUUGUUGGAAUUUUUACUUCUGCGUGCGUGGGCGAAUACAGUGGGCGAGUAGGAAUUGAGCAUAUCUGUGGGCUGUCACGAGUGCGUGUCGGAUAGUUCUGUUGGAUAGUUAGAUCAGAUAUUUGUUAUCGGGUUUAUCGAUGAAAUAUAUUAUGACCAUAUUGACGAUAGUAGGGAGUGUGUCGCAUCAUGGUUAGGUCCGUUCGUGUGUACGUAUGUGUGUGUGUGUGUGUGUGAGUAUGUACAUGUACAUUAAUUAGGGGUUUGUGUGGAAAGUAUAGGCUGAUGGAGUUAGUAGUUGGUGAUGUUGGUUUGGGAACAGAGUAGACCUACACUUGUACAGAGAGUGCUUCGUAUGAAGAGUAAUGCUGAAUCUUAAUUUAGGUAUGCUGCUGAACCAUUGAGUCACGCCACACUUGGCUUUGUUGUGUCUUCCUUUUUCUCUGACCAUCUCUGUGUCCCUUUCUCACCCGUCUCUCUCUUUCACACAGUUGUAUACGUUCUCUGCCACCCCCUCAUUUACUAGUUCUCCACUUGCUAUCGUACACUCCCACCUUGUACCUUCUUCCCUUGUCUCUCAUCUCUAGUUCUCUGUUCCUUUCCCUUGCUCCCCUUUUGCUUUCUUACUCUCUUGUCUCCUCACUCAAUCUCUCAUGAAUCCGUUUCCCUUCCUCUCUCUCUCUCUCACUUUCUCUUCCUCUCGCUCUCUCUCUAUUGCUCUGGUUUACAUUCACGAACUUCUGUUUGCUUAUAUAUUUAGUUUUCCAGCAGAGAGCGUUUCUGUCCGCUAGUUUUAGCUGAAAUGCUGUAAAGCUUGCAGUGCCAAUUUCUGACACUCGUAUAUGCAUAUAUAAUAGGUAUGUGUGUAUGUAUAUAUAUAUAUAUACAUACAUACAUAUCCUCUAGCACUGCCUGGUUCGGCCGGGAGACUGCUAUAGCUUUUUGAGUGUGUGAGCGAGAUGAAGGGAUGGAGACUGAAGUUGUGUUAGACAAUGAGUUGCAGGCGAGGUAGUUCACUGCUGGCAAUGCCUGGGACGCAGCCAGCAAAAACUGCUGAAGUUUAAGUAAACUCAACUCUCAGGAGUCCCAUGUUUUCUCUGGUUGCCUUGUGCGUCUAGCCAAAAUAGAAGAGAGCAGCUAUUGAAAAAAAUAACCCGAAAAUAGUAAAAAUGCGCACCGAACUCGACUAGUGGUGGAAAUAAGGUUGGGGACGAGUCUUUCUUCUGAACCUGGCCCUUUGUCGUGCACGAAUUGUGAACUCACAGCGUGUAACGCCAAGCAUAUCAUCGCACUAACACCAUCAAAAGAAAGAGUGAGACAUAAAGAGAAGCAGUCAGGUCGUGGGAAAAUGCACCAGGUAUGCAUGCCGGGGACAUUACCACCAUCUGGUGCGCAGGCUCCAUGUGAUGCCAAAGCAUCGCAAACUCAUUCCCAAGGUGUUUAGAGUGGUCACUGGUGGUGAUAUCUAGUCUGAUCUCAUGCACGCCAUGGGUGUGUCAUGGUUCGUACAUGGCAGGGGGCGCCGCUGGCUGGUCGCGCUGCUAUAUCGAUGUUGUCGCAAUUCACGCACGCACUGUCAGCUGUUGGGCAGUGCGUAUGCGGUCGCCGCGUGGCAGGAACGAAUUUCGCACGUGCAUUUUUAGGAAAUCUCAAUGUGUUCACUGUCAGUUCACACGGUCUGGCGUUACUGCCACAUGCUUUUCCCUCUUCGUGCACGAAUCAUGUUAAACGCAUGCGUACGCUUUAAGAAAGUCCCUGUGGUGGAUCCGUCGUUUUCGGUGUAACAGCGCAUCGCCCGUAUGCUGGCAAAACUUGUUCACUAGUCCUGCGCAUUGUUUAUUUAUUGUGCCUACAGUUAUAUAUAGUAUGAAAUCUCUUUAAAUAUCCUCGCAAAUUUAAAAUUAAUUGUGAUGCGUGCCAGUGGUGCACAAGAUUCGUCGAAUUGGCAGUUAUAUUCUCUGGUAUACAAUUCUUUUUAAAUGCUGUAUGGCAUGUUGUUGGAAAUAAAACGCUAUGAUGUUUAUCUGGA